CGAAGCCUCAGUAACACGGAGGAUGAGUGUUCCCACCUGAAGGAGAUGAAUGAGAGGAACCAUGAAGAGCUCAGAGAACUGGCUAAUAAAUACAACGGCGCUGUCAACGAGAUCAAGGACCUCACUGACAAGAUAAAGCUGGCAGAGGGUCGUCAGGAGGAGUUGACUCAGAGGGGUCAGAUGGAGAAGAAGGAACUGCAGCUUUGUAUUGAUGAGAUGGAGGAGAAGGAACAGGCUCUACAGGCCCGCUUUGAGGCCUUACAGGCUGAUAACGACUUCUCUAACGAACGCCUCACUGCCCUGCAAGUUGGUUUAGAACAGCUGCAGGAGAAAAGCAUCAAGGACAACAACAGUUUAGGUGAGUGGCGGUCUGG